CGGUGCUGUUUGUUUACAUUCUCUGGUGGUCACCCCGGCGUCCUCGUUUGCAGGGACAGCGGCGACGACAUUGAGCUGGCGUCGUGUCCCCACGGUCAGGCUUCAUCCAAAGACUGCUCCAUGGUGACCUCCUGCAGCUGCGAGCUGCUUUCUGAGGGUGUGUACCGAGCUCCGGAGAGGUUAUGCGCCGCAGCGGCAGAGCAUUACAGUGCUCCCUCAGUGCGUUGCAGGGAACCCCCCUUCACCCAGCAUCCAUCCCACAUGCCUUUAGAGCGCUUCCUGCAGUCCCCAGAGGCCCAGGGCUCCAACGCUCCAACAGGAUGCUCAGGUGGCGGCGAGGGAUCCAAGGAUUCUGAGGGCGACGCCAGCCUCGCCGGGUAUCCGUGGUUCCAUGGCACGCUGUCGCGCGUCCGUGCGGCUCAGUUGGUGCUGGCGGGCGGAGCCAGGAGCCACGGGCUGUUUGUGAUCCGCCAAAGUGAGACGCGGCCCGGCGAGUACGUCCUCACCUUCAACUUCCAGGGCAAAGCCAAGGUAAGAAAAUGAGAAUUGACAAAUUUAAAA